UACUCUUCUUCUACUUAUACUCAACUUUGUAAGACACGGCAUCCGCAGUGGCUGCUCAUUUUUCAUUUUUCAUCUAAAUCUCUGAUCCGAAACAAAAAACUCAAAUCGGUGGGAAUAGCAAUGGGUUUUGAGAAGAUCAAGGUCGCCAAUCCCAUCGUUGAGAUGGACGGAGAUGAAAUGACCAGAGUUAUUUGGAAAUCAAUUAAGGAUAAGCUCAUUCUUCCCUUUGUGGAGUUGGACAUAAAGUACUUUGACCUUGGUCUUCCACAUCGUGAUGCUACCGAUGACAAAGUUACAAUUGAAAGUGCAGAAGCUACUCUUAAGUACAAUGUUGCCAUCAAGUGUGCUACUAUUACUCCAGAUGAAGCUCGUGUUAAGGAGUUUGACUUGAAGCAGAUGUGGAAGAGUCCUAAUGGGACUAUUAGGAAUAUUUUGAACGGCACUGUCUUUAGAGAACCAAUUAUUUGCAAAAAUGUCCCUCGACUUGUCCCAGGUUGGACAAAGCCUAUAUGCAUUGGAAGGCAUGCCUUCGGUGAUCAGUACCGAGCAACUGAUGCUGUCAUUAAAGGAGCUGGGAAACUUAAACUUGUUUUUGUUCCAGAGGGACAGGGUGAGAAGACUGAAUAUGAAGUUUUCAACUUCACUGGUGAAGGAGGAGUUUCACUGGCCAUGUAUAACACAGAUGAGUCUAUUCGUGCUUUUGCUGAGGCUUCCAUGAACACUGCUUAUCAGAAGAAGUGGCCUCUUUAUCUUAGUACGAAGAAUACUAUUCUUAAGAAGUAUGAUGGAAGAUUUAAGGAUAUCUUUCAAGAGGUUUAUGAGGCUAACUGGAAAUCAAAAUAUGAGGCUGCUGGGAUAUGGUAUGAACACCGUCUCAUUGAUGAUAUGGUGGCAUAUGCUCUAAAGAGUGAAGGUGGUUAUGUUUGGGCAUGCAAGAACUAUGAUGGUGAUGUCCAGAGUGAUUUCUUAGCCCAAGGUUUUGGAUCUCUUGGAUUGAUGACAUCUGUGCUGGUUUGCCCAGAUGGGAAGACAAUAGAAGCAGAAGCUGCUCAUGGUACUGUUACAAGGCAUUUCAGAGUUCACCAAAAGGGUGGUGAGACCAGCACGAACAGCAUAGCAUCUAUCUUUGCUUGGACGCGUGGGCUUGCACACAGGGCAAAAUUGGAUGACAAUCCUAAACUCUUGGAUUUCACUGAGAAACUAGAGGCAGCUUGUAUUGGAACUGUGGAAUCUGGAAAGAUGACCAAAGAUCUUGCACUAAUCAUUCACGGCUCUAAGCUUGCUAGGGACAAGUACCUGAAUACUGAGGAGUUCAUUGAUGCUGUUGCAGCAGAUCUAAAAGCAAGACUUUCUUAAGCAUAAAUUUGAACAUGGUCGAAAAUGGAAGGGGGUGGUUUUGCGGGUUUGCAGGAAAAACAAUAAUAAAAAGCAUCAGUGGAGGUGGCGUGGAUGAGGUGAGGAUGGCGGUUGUCAAUAGAUGAAUUUAAUCACCAUUUUAUGAGAUACAGAGACGAGCACUCUCUCACUUGAUUCAUCUCAUUUUUAUGUUUUGAAGGGUUUCGAUUUUUAAUGUAACAUUAUAUUUAAGGAUUUGGAUUUUGGUUAAA